AUGCCUUCUUUUGGGCUUGGCACCUGGCAGCAACGUGAUCCGGACACCGUCAAACGCGUUGUCCGCCAGGCACUCGAUGUUGGGUACAGACUAAUUGACACAGCCAGUGUCUACCGCAACGAGAAAGCCAUUGGCGAGGCAUUGGCAACUGCCUUUUGCAACCAAGGCGGCGGUUUGCGCAGGGAGGACGUGUGGAUUACCAGCAAACUUGCGCCAAAGCAGCAGGGGUACGAGGGCGCUAUGGCCGCAGUGCUUGGCUCGUUGGAGAAUCUACAGACAGAUUAUAUUGACCUCUACUUGAUUCACUGGCCCGGUGCCUCAGGAAAGGCCCUUGAGAGCCCCGAGCACCGAUCCCUCCGCCAAGGCAGCUGGGAGGCGCUAGAGGAGCUGUAUGCACAGGGUAAAGUGCGCGCAAUCGGUGUUAGCAACUACACGAAGAGACAUCUGCAGGAAAUGCGUGCAUACGCUAAAGUCGCUCCCAUGGUCAAUCAGUGCGAGAUGCAUCCACUUUGCCCGCAGCCCGAGCUCUUAAAGUACUGCAAGGAGAACGGCAUUGUGUUUACCGCAUAUGCAAGCCUGGGAGAGGCCUCGCUUUUGAAUAACAACCAGGAGCUGCCAGAGCUUUCCAGCGUUGCCUACCGCCGCCCGGAUUUGAGCUUAGCCCAGAUCUUGUUAAUGUGGGGGCUCCAACACGGUGCAGCAGUGAUCCCCAAGGCCUCGAGUAUGGCGCGGCUGCAGGAAAAUAUGUCGGCUCUUGACAAAGUCUCAUUGUCUGCCGACGACAUGGAUGAGCUGGAUUCUGUGAGCCAGCAGCGCCAAAAGCACUUUUGUUGGAGCGCGGAAAAUGUCGCUUAA